CCGCAUCCUGACACACCAUGUAAUUUCUGGAGGUUACUGAUUUGUGUGUGUGUGUGUCCCUGAUCCGCUUCUCUUUGUUUUGACUACCCGGUCAGCAUCUCCAGGAGGAAUAUACAGGUCUCCAAAAGACAUUUCCCACCGUCUUUUCUUGAACGCAAGAAGAAGAAGAAGGAGAUUUUUUUGCGCCCUGACCCUCAAAUCUCUCCGGUACUUCCCGGUGUGACAGCAGGGAGACUUCAAGCAUCUGGCUGCCUGAUGCGAGAUGGAAGCAGUCCACCUCUGAUCCAUCAAUAGGACGAGGCGUUUCGAGGAUAUCAGUGAGGGGAAAAGCGCAGAUUUCUGGGGAUUUUGGUAAAGGAGACCGCCGAGAAGCAGCGCUCGGCUCUGCUGCGUUAUUGGACUUUAAAGAAGAGGACACACAUUUAUGCAUUUUGUUUUUGCAAAAUCACCGAUUUAAGAUUGUAGUUUCUUUUAUGAUCACCCGAUUUUUUUAAACACAAAAACAAUCACGCCCUAUCUCACUUCAGUCACACCGCUGGAAUGCACAAAUUAAUAGCGCACUUUUUUAGUCUCCAAAGACGCACAGAAGGCGUGCAGCCGUGUAAAGAAACCCCUUAGCUGUUCAGUGCAUGCUUUCCAGCCCGCUUUCAGACCGCUUUCAGACCCGUGUCUUAUGCUGGUGGUGAUCCAUCAGAGCACCAGAGCCACCUUUGCUGUUGCGGUCAAGCCUGAGAGGACCAUGCCCAGACAGCCGCUAAACCAAUCAAAUGGCUUAACUGAUGUGCACAAACAGCGGAUGAUUUCACUUGAAUAAGUCAGCCCGACUCUGCACUAGAUUUCUGUCUAGAGCUUUAUCUGAAGAAGCCUAUAGUUGUGAAACUGCUGCGUUGACUCCAGAAAGAAAGCAAUAACACUGAUAUGAGGCAAUAACAAUAAAAAAGUCAUAAUUGUAAUUUCACCCAAAGCUGAAGAGAGGUGGAAAGAAGCACGAGGAUACUUCACGCUGCUUUUGCCAUUUCCCUCACACUGUGGCUCUAUGAAGCACUGGCCCUCCUUUUUGCCCAGGUCAAAUCUGUAGUCCUGCAUGUGGGAAAGGUCAGCUAGAUGUUUCCUGUCACAGGCACACUUGCACUAUAACUCCAUUGCACAACUCUUUUACAAGCUGCAUUUCCCAUUUUCAGCAUAGAUUCCAUCGGACACCUCAUCGUUUCCUAUCAGAUCAGCUAAUCAGUCUUCCAGUAGAUUUUAUUGUUAUUCACUGACAGUGCGAUUUAUCUGUAUCAGGAUACUGGAAAUAUUUGGUGCACACAGUCUCAUUGUGGAGCUAAACAGGCUUGAGUGCCACAGAGUAUAAAUAGUUGAACAAAGACCCUUUUAGAGUAACAAGAGGCCGAAACCUGAAACCCGGAAUGAUUCCUCCCUUUGGUCACUCUGUACGCUCACACGCUGAGAAGCUAGAGAGACUCUCCAGCAAAAUAGAGUGAGUUGGGUCCAGUGAGGGUGAAGAAACAAGUCAGCAGAGCACACGCCUUCCACACUGCAGCCGUCAGGUGCUCAAGAAGACCAGAUCCACAAAAAUGCCCACCCAACCCUCCGUCCAGCCAUUGUAUUAGCUGGAGAAAAAAGAAGAGGAGGAGUAGAGGACAUCCGGUUGGACCACACCCCAGAGUCCCAACAGCCCCAGGAAAUAGUCUCCUCUUCUCACCUCCCAGACUUUUAAGUAGGACAUCAGGACAUCUUUGGCAUUUUAGUGCUCUGAGGUUUUCAUCACCAAGCUGGAAUAUCUGCUGUAGAUCUGUCUUGUGUCUCCCAUUCUGAAGUGUGUGUGUGUGUGUGUGUGUGUGUGUGUGUGUGUGUGAGAGCACGGUGUGUUUUGACGCAGCUGAGAGCUGCUGCAAGUCUUCUUUCUCCUGUCAGGAUGUCUGCAGCACAAGACCUGCUGCUGCUACCUCUGGCCCUCCUGGCGCUUCAAGCGUCUCUUUGCCAUGGGGCCUGCGUGGAGGUGGAUUCAAACACAGAGGCCGUGGCCAACGAAGGCUUUAAAUUGGGCUGCAUCUCCUGUAAGAUGAGGGGCGAGGUCAAGGCCGAGGCCUCCGUCAACUGGUACUUCAAGGCUUCAGAUGAGUCUAACUUCUCCCAUUUAUAUACUUAUGAAGACCAGAUGGCUGUAAUCCGCGACUCACGUUUUGAGGAGCGUCUGGACUGGAAUGGCAGCAAGAAUACCAAGGACCUACAGGACGGCUCCAUCUACAUCCUCAAUGUGACCUUCAAUGACACAGGAACCUACCAGUGCAUAUUCAACCGCACCCUCGAGUAUCCCAACUACGAGUUUCAAACCGAAACCAGGAAGCUUAUUGUCAUUAACGUGGUGCCACAACUCACCAGGGGAAUGGCAUCCAUCUUGUCUGAGGUGAUGAUGUAUGUCUCCAUCAUCGGGCUGCAGCUCUGGCUGGUGGUUGAGAUGAUUUACUGCUAUAGGAAGAUUGCAGCUGCAGGAGAGGAAGCUCUGAGAGAGAGCGCGGCUGAGUAUUUAGCUAUAGCGUCAGAAAGUAAAGAUAAUUGUGCAGGUGUACAAGUGGCAGAAUAGCACCGGUUGAGCAAGAAAUCAGGAAGGCUUCCUUGAGGAUUCUCACAUCCACUUUCACCUAACUCUCACCUCCCACCAUCCUCUCCACAUGAUGGAAAAAUGGAACCACAGAGAGGAGAAAGCUUUUCAUAGAAAGGUUUUUUAAGUGACUUUCUGCAAAAGGUUGGAAAGGACUGGGCUAUAUCCCGUUCUGAAAUACAGGAUGGAGACAUCUGGGGGUGGCCCAACUGGACAGAGGGGGAAAGAGAGAGUAGUACUGUAUAUAGGUCAAUAAGUAUGAACAGAAAAUCUUUUAACACAUGUAGAGUAUAUUAUGAGACUACAUUGUAUAACCACUAUCUGCAUGCUUUCGAGCUUUUCAAAACAACCGACACCAUGCUUCUGAUGUUCUGUCACAGUUUUGUUUUUAAAAUCAUUAAUCAGUUUUGUCAUAUUCCAUUACACUGUGUUUGACUGGUUUUAUAAAGCCGUCUUUUAACAAAUCAUAACUGUUUUUAAUCAAAACAUUCUGAGAACAAAAAAUACUUUUACUUUCUGGCAGUGAGAGUAAUUACACACACACACACACACACACUUGACUCGUGCUCAUGAUAUAUGCUGUCAGAUGAGCUUGUGUUCAGAAAUAGUUAAAAAAAUAAAAUCCAUCAAAAUUGACAGUUCCAAUAAAAUAAUCUAUUAUUAAAUGGUAAAUGGUAACUACACUUAAAAGCACCUGUCUAGUCUUCCGACCACUACAUCACACACACACACACACACACUUUCUUAUACUGAUGGCAGUGGCUGCCAUGCAAGGUGCCAACUGCUAUUCAGAAAGGAGGACUAACAUUCUCACACACACACCAAUGGCACAGCAUAUUAACACGAACUAUACAAUCUUUAUAAAAAGAAAUAAACAAAAUGA